AAUUCAUGCCACUUGCAUAAGGUAUCUACGAAUGUUGAAACUGAUCUCUCGAGCUCCUCAUCUCAACCGAACCUCCCAAAUCCCCUGUACAGCAUUGCAGCUGACUCGACUUACGUCCGUCCUGCGUCAAUACUCCGUCCUUCGACCGCACAGCUGCGCAAGCACACCACCAAAGCUCCCAUUCCGAACCCAUCUUCUACACUCUAGAAACCACACUUUCCGGUCCAUCCCAUCUUCUUUCAUACCUGCGUCUCACCGAUCCUACCACAACCCUCCUUCUUCCACCAUGUCCGACGACGCCUCCUACACGUCGUUCCUCGAGAAAGCCAACGCCGACCCCAAAGCCAACAGCAAUACCCACGAACAAGCAUCCUCCACGUCCGAACGACGCACACAAUUCGACCCUACAACCGGCGGGACCACAUCAUCUUCCAACAUCUCGCCCGAAGUCCUGCCCGCCUCGCUCAAGUCCCUCCCCGACAUCACAUACGUGUCCGACACAGACUCGCCGUUCGAGCCCGUCGUGUUUAACUACGCCGACUCCACUCUCCCCAGCAAAUCCGAUUUCGAAAAGUGCCUACACCAUAAACAUCACGACGCCGGAGCCGUCGAGGAAUUGAGCACGCAGGACUUCGAUCCCAGAGGAGAGUACACGGAGAUCAUCGAGCGAGUGGAGAAGGCCGGCAACGGCGCCGGGGUUAAAGUGUUCAGAGUCGAAGUCAGCAAGACGAGGGCAGAGUAUUAUAUUGUCACGGUCGGAGAGAGGAUGUUGAUCGGUGUGGUUGCGAAGGCGGUCGAGAGUUGAUGCUGCAAAACAAAGUGUGAUUAGAAACGGACAAGAGCCACAUAAGUGAUGAAUGAUAUCUGCAUCGACCGACCACGGACGAUGAGCGUCAGGUCUAGACUAAUCAAGUCCCACCCUUGUAUAAUGUGCGUAGCAUGAUACGAUUCACGGCGACACACGCUGAAGAUGGCUUGCAUGUCUGUAUGAGUCGCCCGACGGUGUUGGA